CAAAUAAUAGAUGGAUAUAUGUAUGCAUACAUAAAUACGUCGAAGAGCGGUUCAGUUUGGUCCACCUUCACUUGCGCAGAUAAAAAAUAAUAAAACAUUAAUAUUACUACUAAGUCCAAAGUCAAUUCUUCUCCUCCUCCCCCUCUCUCUAAGAGAUGCAGACCUCUCCGUCGACGGCCCUCCUCCGCUCUCCGCCGCCCCUCUCUCUUAUCUAUCACUCUAUCACAGUUAAAGUUUUGAGAUGAACUGACAAUGCCCUCUCGCUUGGUAAAGUAAUAUGAUACUGGAUUUAAUAUGAAGUUCAGUCCAAUCCAUCUACCAAAAUCACCGAAAGGUUUAUUGGGUGAACAACAGAGGAGAAUGAGCAGUAACCUUAUUCAAGAAAUGUCGCAUGCUAAUCAAGAGAAUGUAACUAAUGAGUCACAGCAGGAGAAAAGUCAACUUGAUGUCGGGUCAGAUGAGAAACCCUGUCUGGUGCCCCAUGAAACAGAAACCAAGCCAGAACCUGAUGCUGAAAUUGAUGCCUCUAGACCCCACGAAGAAGGAGGUAGAAUUCUGUCUUCUGAGAAGCUAAACAGUGAUUCAGAUACACAGAUGCAAGAAACAAGUCCUGAAAAAUAUGGGGUGAGUUAUUCGUCUGGACCUGAAAAUGCUGUGGAGAUAAGGCAGCCUAGGCAGAACGCCGAAUCUGGAGAUAAAUCAUGCAAGGAAGAAUCUAUACCGUAUCCGGGUGCUGCAAAUCAUGCAUUAGUGAUCACAAAAGAUAAAUGCACUCCUAUGAAAACUGAGAACUUCUCGGCGAAUUUGGCUAACACAUCAAGUUCGAGCAUUGGGGUGCCUGAAGCUCUAUCUGAUCGAGAAGCCUUUUCAUUUUCUGCAAAAUUUGAGAGAGUUGAGAAAUUGCAGCCCAGACGAAACCCGGAACCUGCGGUUCCGAUCUCACAAUAUGAUGCAGAAAUUCAAAGCACUCCCUCUAGAGUACUGGAAAAAGGAUUGGAUGAUGGUUAUAACUGGAGAAAAUAUGGGCAGAAGCUUGUGAAAGGAAAUAGUUUCUUCCGAAGCUAUUAUAAAUGCACUUACCCGAAUUGCCAGGCCAAAAAACAAGUUGAAAGAUCACAUGAUGGGAGUAAAAUGGACGUUAAUUUUCUCGGGAGCCAUCACCAUCCCAAACCACAAAAUAGCCCCCAAGUGACCUCCAGUGUUCAAGUACGGAAAACGGAUGUGCCCGUCGAUUCUGCACUAAAGAGUGAUGCUGAGCCAAUCAUUGACCAUAGUGGUGCACGACAACUUGUGACACUGACUGAAACAUUAUCUCAGUCACCUAUUGCAAGUUCUGAUGGUGUGAUGGGACCAGCUUCCUGCCCCAGAAAUGAUAUCAAUGAUAAAGAUGCUAAACGACUGAAAAGAGAGUUUACUGCUGCUGGUGACAAUGUGGUGAAUACGCCGCCAACUGGGGAUUUACGUCAUGUUGUUCAAACUCUGAGUGAGGUUGACUUAGUUAAUGAUGGGCACCGCUGGCGUAAGUAUGGGCAGAAAUUGGUUAAAGGCAAUCCUAAUCCACGGAGUUAUUACAGGUGUUCGUAUUCUGGUUGCCCAGUUAAGAAACACGUCGAACGAGCUUCCUAUGAUCCCAAAAUAGUUAUCACAACUUACGAAGGAGAACACCAGCACGGUAUGUCUACUACCGUAAGCCAACCUACAACUGCAGUUGGUACCCAAAAUCCCAUGACCACAACAAAUGGUGUGUCGAGAACAAAAGCUGAGGAGAACAAGGACCCAGUUGGCCUUGAAAUGGUUGUUCACGUUAAUUCAAACUAAGCAAGCGGAUUCCUUUUGAGUUACAUGCUUCCGUGUCUCGUAAGCUAAAUUGUUAUCGGCAAAUUAUUGUGAUUUCUGAGAGGGAUUCUGUUAAUGGGAACACUACUUUUUCUACUUGAUGAUUGAAUUUGGGGUCAGUGUAACUAGGUUGUAUAAAAUUACUGUAGCCAGAGAUGGAAAGAAAGGAUGUAUACUGCAUAGAUGUGUAUUUACUUUGCUAUUUGUGGCGCUGGCUUUAUUAUAUUUAUAUCCUGUCAGUCUUAUUUUAUUUUCUAAUGCAUGAUGGGUUCAAAGGUUG